GGCAGGCGGCGGUGGGGAAGAUGGCGUACCAGAGCCUCCGGCUGGAGUACCUGCAGAUCCCACCGGUCAGCCGCGCCUACACCACCGCCUGCGUCCUCACCACCGCCGCUGUGCAGUUGGAAUUGAUCACACCUUUUCAGUUGUACUUCAAUCCUGAAUUAAUCUUUAAACACUUUCAAAUAUGGAGGCUAAUCACCAAUUUCUUAUUUUUUGGUCCGGUUGGAUUCAAUUUUUUAUUUAACAUGAUUUUUCUAUACCGUUACUGUCGAAUGCUAGAAGAAGGCUCUUUCCGAGGCCGAACGGCAGAUUUUGUAUUUAUGUUCCUUUUUGGUGGAUUCUUAAUGACUCUCUUUGGGCUGUUCGUGAGUCUGGUUUUCCUGGGCCAGGCCUUCACCAUAAUGCUCGUGUACGUGUGGAGCCGAAGGAACCCGUACGUCCGCAUGAACUUCUUCGGCCUUCUCAACUUCCAGGCCCCCUUCCUGCCGUGGGUGCUCAUGGGCUUCUCGCUGUUGUUGGGGAACUCUGUCAUCGUGGACCUCCUGGGCAUUGCGGUUGGACACAUCUACUUUUUCUUGGAAGACGUAUUUCCCAAUCAGCCUGGUGGAAUCAGAAUUCUGAAAACACCAUCUAUCUUGAAGGCUAUUUUCGAUACGCCAGAUGAGGACCCAAAUUACAAUCCGCUACCCGAAGAGCGGCCCGGAGGCUUCGCGUGGGGCGAGGGCCAGCGCCUCGGCGGUUAGAGCAGCAGCGCCGAUAAUGGGACCGGCUGGGAAGGACUCGGUGACGCACCCGCGGGGGUUGUUUUAUCCUUUGUGUUGCAAAAGCGCGGACACUUGACGGCUUGGCAGAGCUCAACUCCAGAAGCACUUUAUGAAAUGGUACACUAGUGAACCCAGCAGGCGCCGGGGGCGGUCGGCCAGCGGCUUCUCGCCACGCCGGCCCGAAAGCGCGACCCCUCGGAGCCAAACAACUGGAGACACAAAGCCGCCGCCGCUCGCGAGCAGGUGCGGGAGGCCGGAGCCGUGUGGCGUGGGGCUCAGCCUCCCCUCCUCCUCCUCUUUGACAGACGAGACCGUGGGGUAAAUGGAGGUUUCAGAGAGGACAAAAUAAAACUGAAUUCCGUCUC